UUCCCGGGGAGGAUGGACCCAGAUCCGCGCUCACCCGGGCUUCCCCGGGCUGGAGAGUGCGUCUGAGUGCGGCCGCCCGCAGGGCAUGGAGAGCCGCGUUUCGGGCGGCUUCCGCAGCCGAGGAGGAGGAGGAUGCUCCGGAGAGCCGAGCACUCCGAAAGAGUGAAUGACAUGCACAGCGCGGGGUGUCCUUUCUGAAGGGAGGAGCCUUUCUCUUGGAGAGGAUCCUCGAUGAGCCUGGCCAAGGCCCGGGGUCUGUGUGAAGAGGACUAAGGAUUAAGUAGGAUGUCAACUGAGACAGAACUUCAAGUAGCUGUGAAAACCAGCGCCAAGAAAGACUCCAGGAAGAAAGGUCAGGAUCGCAGUGAAGCCACUUUGAUAAAGAGGUUUAAAGGUGAAGGGGUCCGUUACAAAGCCAAACUGAUUGGGAUUGAUGAAGUGUCCGCAGCUCGGGGAGACAAGUUAUGUCAAGAUUCCAUGAUGAAGCUCAAGGGUGUUGUUGCUGGCGCUCGUUCCAAAGGAGAACACAAACAGAAAAUCUUUUUAACCAUCUCCUUUGGAGGAAUCAAAAUCUUUGAUGAGAAGACAGGGGCCCUUCAGCAUCACCAUGCUGUUCAUGAAAUUUCCUACAUUGCAAAGGACAUCACAGAUCACCGGGCUUUUGGAUAUGUUUGUGGGAAAGAAGGGAAUCACAGAUUUGUGGCCAUCAAAACAGCCCAGGCGGCUGAACCUGUGAUUCUGGACUUGAGAGAUCUCUUUCAACUCAUUUACGAACUGAAGCAAAGAGAAGAAUUGGAAAAAAAGGCACAAAAGGAUAAGCAGUGUGAACAAGCUGUGUACCAGACAAUUUUGGAAGAGGAUGUUGAAGAUCCCGUCUACCAGUACAUUGUGUUUGAGGCUGGACAUGAGCCAAUCCGUGAUCCUGAAACAGAAGAAAACAUUUAUCAGGUUCCCACCAGCCAAAAGAAGGAAGGUGUUUAUGAUGUGCCAAAAAGUCAACCUGUAAGUAGUAGCCAGCCAUUGGACGAUUUUGAAGAGCGCUUUGCUGCAGCCACGCCGAACAGAAAUCUGUCAGUGGAUUUUGAUGAGCUGCUUCAGGCAACCAAGGCUGUGACCCAAUUAGAACUUUUUGGAGACAUGUCCACCCCUCCUGAUAUAACCUCUCCCCCUACUCCUGCAACCCCAGGUGAUGCCUUUCUCCCGUCGUCAUCCCAGACGCUUCCGGGGAGUGCAGAUGUGUUUGGCUCUGUGUCUUUUGGCACUGCUGCUGUACCCUCAGGUUAUGUCGCUAUGGGUGCCGUUCUCCCAUCCUUCUGGGGCCAACAGCCCCUCGUUCAACAGCAGAUUGCCAUGGGUGCUCAGCCACCCGUUGCUCAGGUGAUGCCAGGAGCUCAGCCCAUCGCAUGGGGCCAGCCAGGUCUCUUUCCUGCCACCCAGCAACCCUGGCCAACUGUGGCCGGGCAGUUCCCGCCAGCCGCCUUCAUGCCCACACAAACUGUUAUGCCUUUACCAGCUGCCAUGUUCCAAGGUCCCCUCACCCCCCUUGCAACCGUCCCAGGCACGAAUGACUCUGCCAGGUCAAGUCCACAGAGUGACAAGCCCAGGCAGAAAAUGGGGAAGGAAAUGUUUAAGGAUUUCCAGAUGGUCCAGCCUCCACCCGUGCCCUCCCGUAAGCCUGACCAGCCCUCCCUGACCUGUACCUCAGAGGCCUUCUCCAGUUACUUCAACAAAGUCGGGGUGGCACAAGAUACAGACGACUGUGAUGACUUUGACAUCUCCCAAUUGAAUCUGACACCUGUGACUUCCACCACGCCGUCCACCAACUCACCUCCGACCCCAGCCCCUAGGCAGAGCUCUCCAUCCAAAUCAUCAGCAUCCCACGCCAGCGAUCCGACCACAGAUGACAUCUUCGAAGAAGGCUUUGAAAGUCCCAGCAAGAGUGAAGAACAAGAGGCUCCUGAUGGAUCACAGGCGUCCUCCACCAGUGAUCCAUUUGGGGAGCCCAGUGGUGAGCCCAGUGGUGAUAAUAUAAGUCCACAAGACGGUAGCUAGAUAGCGCAGGUCUGGGAGCCAGAGCCUCUCUAUGCGCAGAUCCACAGACCUAAGAAAUAGCAUCAAUGUGAGCUCCUGGUGGGUGCUUCAAGACUGGCAUGGGAAUCAGCAGUGCAGCAGGCUCUCUCGUACUCUCACCUCACCUCAUCCCACCGAGAAACUCACAAUCGCCCAGUGAAACUGUCUGAAGAGGGAACAGAGUGUUUUUUGGCAACCGAUAGAAAUACCUAUGGCAGCACAAAAAAAAACAGCAAAACAAGACACCCCCACAAAAGUAUUUUUAAAAUAAACAGAACCCAACAUUGAUCACCAGUCAAGCUGAUGCUUAACCAACAAACACCUUGAGCUCUCUCAGCUGGGUCUAAGAUGCCCCCGGAUAUGAAACCUUAUUGUGCUUUUAUUUCGCUACCUGUUGACCACUGUAGAGCCCGCAGAUUUGGAGUGGCAGGCGUCAGAGAAUUGCACCAAGGUUGGCACUAACUCAUUUUAGGCCAAAGCAAGGGAUCCUUUGUGACCACAGUGUCAUCAUCCGUAUGCCUUCUGGCUGUGGCGAUGUGCGUGGCAUCUCUCCACAGGGCCUGGUCUGCCAUCCUGUGUCCCCUGUCCUUUCUCUGUCAUGUUUGAGAAUCAAUGAGUGUACAAAUUUUUGUAUUGCUUUUGACUUUUUUUUUAGCAGUGGGUGAAGAAGUCUAAAUGGGGGAGGGAAAAGCCUCUUAUGGAGUAAAUUAACUUGAAAUCACAAGGCAAACGAGUGGUUGGUUAUUCAUUAUAAUCAAGAAUGUGGCCAAAACAACCCUUUAGUUAUCCUGCAUCCUGAUGAAGAAAGACAGCUUUUGGAUGGAACCUUCAUUCUGGGGGUAGCAAAGGACAUCAAAUCCCAUUGAUGAGAAAGAUGGAAAAUGCAUCCAGUUCCCUAAGAAGCUCUGAACUCUUGAGUACAAUAAAAUGAUGUCUUUAUUUUUCUGAUACUUCGCUGCUGUGAUACUAUGCAGACAAGUGUCUUCUCCAUGCGCCAUUUUCAAAGAAAAAUCAUUUGCCAAAUAAUUCUGGUACAAUUCUGCUAAUAUGGUUUUGGAUCUUAGAAACCAGCUUUCUAACGGUGACAUACAUCUUCAGUGUAACAAACUGACUCCGUGGUCAAGUGGUUCAUCUCUAUCUCCUUUUGUACAUCAGAAAAUUCAAAUGGGAUUUUUUUAUUUUCUAACUUGAAAAGGAAAACCUUACCAUUAAACUCUUUACCUAUUUAA